CAUGGGCUGCGGGGGCAGCCGGGCCGACGCCAUCGAACCCCGGUACUACGAGAGCUGGACGCGGGAGACUGAGUCCACCUGGCUGACCAACACGGACUCCGAGAGCCCGCAGCAGGAGGGCGGCGGCGCCGAGCCCGGGCGGGAGCAGGGCGGGCCGCGCCCCGGUCUUCUGGAGGAUGGGAAAUUGGCUCAGACUGGUGUAACUACAGCAUCAGCCCCAUCUGGAACGCUGAACACUGAGAAGAGGAGUAACUGUGGUUCUCAGUGUGCCAACCCCAUGGUCCACAGCAUGGGAGCCACGACACAGAGGCAGAAUGGCUUCAGAACCACAGAGAGUAAAUGGAACCCACAGAAAAUGUCCACAAAAGAAGUUGCCAUUAAUGUUACAAAAAGCAUCAGACAAAGUGACAGAAGGAAAACAAAGAAUUGUGCCAAUUGACAAAGAAAAUUGGAGAUUUAAUCCAAUCCACAGGGUUGUUCUCUAGUGACUGAUAACUGACCAUGUGCGAAUUGCGCUUACAGUCCUGGCAUCCUUAAUAUCCGUCUGCACUCGCAUGUUGAAUGCCUCUACUCUUACCCUGCUACAAUCCUGUUUCCCUUCAACCACUAUAAAGUUGUAGCCUUCUAUCACCUAAUGAAUGUUUUAUCAGCACAACCUACUUGCAUACACACCCUUGCUUUAGAGCCUACUCUGUCACUUUCCAACUAGAACAACCCAGCAGAAGACACACAGACACAGACACAGGCAAAAUACUCCAUAUCUACUAGUUGUGGUAAUAUCACUGGUAAGUCACCAACUUACAAACACACUCAGUACACUUAAGGAGAAACAAUCUGGAUUAUGGCUUCAAAUACUUCCAUCAUGAUCAGCAAUAAAUCAGCAGUCUUAAGGGUGAUGAGGUUUCAGAGCACUGUCCUCUGCCAUGGGCUUCUGCCAGCCACCCCCAUCAAUUGUUGGAGAUGCUCCCCCAUACAAGAACUUGGUAUCCAACCCUGAUCAUCCCAGAUGGCCCUAGCACAUCUUGGUCCCAUCAGCAACACCAUUAUCCUGGUCAUUUGCCAUACUUGGGCAGGAAAGUGCCAUACACAGCACACCAGAAAAGGGCAGGGGUGAGCUGGUGGAAAGCCUGCUGGAUACAGACCAAGCAAGCUCCUUGGCUAUGCAGUGUGGAUGCAGCUUGCCUUCUCUAGAAGGGAUUUUGAAGCAUUUUGAAGAUAAGCUACAAUGGGGCUGAUGCCUUCUGAAGUAUAGCUGCCAGCUGCCCAUGACUGAACUUGGAUCUGGACAGAAUUUGGACUAAGGAGAGUUCAUAUGAUACUCCUCACAUGAAAGGCAAAGUUUUUCAUUUAUCUCCACCCCUAUAAAUUUCUAAAGUCUGAGAUGCUUUUAAUUGUAUGCCUGGGAAAAUCAAUAAUUUAAUCCUUCCAGAACUGACCAUGACCACCUUCCAGAACUUACCCCUUUUUAAUCAAAGUGCACAAUUCACAUUAAUUUCAUUUAGGAGGACAUUUUGAUGACAGAUCCAGAUAUUUCUGAAGUAGUCCUGUUUAUUUAUAAGCAGCAUACAAAGUCAGGUUGCAAGCAAAGGGAGAUAAUUUCUCAAAUGUCUCCAAGCACUUCUGUGACCAACAAUUGCUGGAAAGUUUUGUCUCAGCUCUUUUUCCCAGCCAUGUCAGCACUGUUUCCCUGACUCAAUGCCCUUCAAGUUAAGCAUAUCUCAUGACGGAAGCAGGUGAUCCAUACUCACUCUAUCCUCCAUGGAAGAUCCAGCAGUGAUUCAAAUUUGGCUUUUUCAUGUAUCAGAGAACCUUUCACUGGUGGUUUAAGCCCAGGAGUUACAUUGCAAAGCAACGAGAAGUUACCUCAGAGAUGGUCAGUCACCCUCUGUCAGGUGGGGUGUCAAUCAUUCAAAAUCAAGGAAUGGUAAUUUCUCAAAUGCAUGUGGUUACUUGUGAUUAUUCACUCAGAUUAACAGAGAAAUCUUUCCCACUGUCUCAAGCGCAUUGUGUCCUGCAAGUCCACUCUCAUAGGUGUUAAUAACUGAAGGCUUUUAUUUUGCGUGCUUUUGAGGCAGCUGGAAGGCUGCUCUCCAAGAGGAGAUACUCUUGGUUCUUAUCCACCACAUUUAUCAUCACUUUAUGGACCUCUCCAUUUGUAAAUUUAUGAUCUUUUCUUAUUAGCUCAGGAUAUCCUCUUUCACAUCUGCUCAGUUCUUUGAACUGUUCCUCGUCAAAUUCAAAUGGGGUUUAUCUCACAUACUUGAACAGUCAGUGCUACUGAAUUCUUAGAUAUAUUCCUGUCUUUUCAAAAAACCUGUUGGAGAUUUGCUUGAGCAAGCCCAGAUGACCACUUUUCUGACAUGAGUAGCACAAUGAAAUAUAUCUUGACACUGCUUUUAGACUGCCUGCCUGACUCUUAGAAGAGUAAUAGCACCUUCCAUCCCUGCUGGCAUGGAUGUCUUUGAGGUCAAAAGAAAUAAUGAUUUCCUUCUUCACAUGACAGACAAGUUCAAGCUUUGCUUAGUCAUACCAGUGCAAUUUAGUAUAAAUUGUUUCUACUCUAAGAUUUUCUUCCAUAUAUCUGAAAUCGCAGUUUAUAACUCAGUGGGGAUAGGUUUGUGUGACAUCUUUCUUCCUCCAUUAACCAUUUCAGUUGCACCUACCAAAGGUAAGUUUUGAUUCAAGUGACACUAAUUUUCACUUCUAAGACCAUUGCAUAGCACGUUGUCUACUUUGUUAACAUAAAGACUUUGAAAUGAGUGUGUGUUGCACAUUCUCAUUAAUCCUUUUAUAUGAGCAAUGUGAUAUAAGGUGACUUAACUGUGGGCAAAAAUCAGUGUUUGUAUUUUUGUUUAUAUAAUUUAUGCAAUAUAAAAAUUAAUUUUAUAUAGUUUGUACAAUAUAAAAAAUUACUUUUGUGUGUUCACAAGUGAAAACAGCCUCUUUCUUCAUUAAGUCAACAUGUAUUAUGCUGCUGCUGUUCUGCCACAAUAGUCCAUAAUCCAGAAGAAACGGUGCCGCUUUACCACAAAUCAGUAUGAAAGUAGAAAGCUCCAGUAAUGGUUUAAUUUUCUUCCCUUUUUAUUGCUUUCAAAUUCAGAAACAGCUUAAAACCAGCACUUAGAACUGACACAGCUAGAGCUCCUGAAUAUAAAGCAACUUUAGAUUCUUCCAAAUUUGAGAGUUUGUUCCUUCAUUCAACAGCUUCACUAACACAGUUCUCGUAGAGCUCAAACAAAAGCUUAGCUGAAUCAUUCACUUUACUCCCAGGAGAGUAGAAACCUUGUAUUUGCUGGUGGCUGAAGAAAAAACACAACGCAAUUGGCAGAGAUGCAGAAACUUUUAUAGCUUGCCAGAAAAGGCACAUGGAGAAAAAUGGAACAAGGAAAACAUAUGGAUUAUGGAAUUAUGGAACUCUGGGAUUAUCUCAGUCCAUUGGAUUAAAUCCUAAUGCUUGUUAUA